AUUUUUAGGAAUUUCGUGAAAAAGCAGUCAGGUUGAACAAAAGGAUUACUUAUUAAUAUUUAGAGGAGAUACAAUAUAUGUGAUGGUAGACCUACGUUGGCAUGCAAGAUAGUGUCUUACAAGAUAUUUGGGAACAACAAAUAUCUUCUCAUAAAAGAAGGUUUGAUAAUUCAAACGUGUUUAAACGUAAUUUUGAUCAUUUAUAUCCUGAUUUUUGUGAUAAAUAUGAUGAAAAACUAUCCUUUGCACAUGAUUCUGAAUUCCUUAAAACCUUAUCACAUGAUUCAAGCUUACCUCAGACUUAUAUAUGCGAUAAUGAAAACAAAAAUGCUGUCCACGAUAAAUAUAAAUUUGACUACUUAGAUGAUUGUAAAUACAAUAAUAGUGUUAAGAAUAAUGAUAAUGGAAAUCUUAAACCUAAUGAUAUAAAGAAUAAAUUUAACCACCUUAUUGAUUCUUUUUACGCAAAUUCAAAUCAAGAGCAUGGUCAAGAAAUAGAGUAUGAUUUUAAUAAGUAUGAAUAUUUUUUGUCAAACCCUUUCUUUCCUCCUUAUUAUCCCUAUAACAACUCACUAAAUCAUUUAAUUAAUUUACACUCUUUGCACAAAGAUGGCAGUGGCAAAAAAUUUGAAACUCCACUAAAUAAAAUUCCUUACAGUGAACAUAAAUCAAGUAUUCAGUUAUCACCUGAUCAUACUGCUUUUGUGAAAUUAACCAACAAAAGAAAAUAUAUUGGGAAGGACAGUAAAAUUGUUGAUUGUGAAUAUUCAAAAAGUUUAAAAAAUAAAAGACAGAAGUAUUCAGAUAUAUCAUUUGAAAAUAUUCUGUAUAAUCAGAUGCUAUUCACUAAUAAUAUCAAUCCCAGUAAUAAUAUUGCUAUGAAUAAUAAUAAAAAUGGUAAUUUGAUUAAUAAUUAUGCAGAGAAUUUUAAUUUGGGUAAUUACUUAUUUAAUAAAAAUGCUUACAACACCAAUGCUGUCAAUAAUAAAUAUGAUUUUCUUAUCAACAACUAUUAUCUAAAUGAAAUUAAUAAUAAACAGAAGCAGCAACGAGUCCUGAAAAAUUAUCAGUCUGGCGAUAAUAAUCUUUUAAAAAAUAAUUCAAAUGUUCAACUUAACAACAAUGAUUUUAGAAUUAUCAACCCAAAUAACACCAAUAAUUUGUUGUUUCAACAUCUUCUGAGUCAACAAAAUUUGCAGCAGAAUCAAAAUCCUCAUCAAUUGCAUUCUUAUAAUCAAUCCUAUAAUAGCAUAAAUGAUAUAGCUAACAUCAACGGCAAUAACAUUUUGAAUGAACUCUUGCUUAAUAUCAACAAAUACAAUUCACAAAACUUGAAUAAUCACAAUGUCUCGCACAAUAACACUGAUGCUGAUUCGAACAAUAAUGAUGGUGAUUAUCGUUUAGUCCAGCAUGAAAUUCUUUACCCAUCAUCAUCCUUAAUGAGUAUCAGUAAUGAUCAAAGUGAUUUUGGGGCUAAACAAAUGAUACAUGGGCGCCGUAAUUAUUACCAUCACCCACCCAAGGCUGAGGAUUUAUCUGCCCAAAGUUCCACCAAUUCUUAUGAAGUACUUGACUUUUUGGGUCGGGGAACAUUUGGCCAAGUUGUCAAAUGCUGGAAAAGGGGAACAAGUGAGAUAGUGGCUGUUAAAAUCCUGAAGAAUCAGCCUUCAUACACUAGGCAAGGCCAGAUCGAGUUGGGAAUUCUCAAUCGACUUUGCAAGCCUGAUGAUGAAAAUGAUGAAGAUGCUUGCGAGAGCAACAAUAUCGUUCGCUUGUUGGAAGGUUUUAUCCAUAAAGGACACACAUGCCUUGUUUUUGAGCUUCUGGAGACGAAUCUAUACGACUACCUGAAGAGGAGGAGCUUUGAGCCCAUGAGCCUUCCUGAGAUUAGAUGCGUCAUUUUACAGGUUCUCGUCGCUUUGCGUAGGUUGAAAAAAUUGGGCCUAAUUCACGCCGACCUCAAACCCGAAAAUAUUAUGUUGGUCGAUCAUAAUCGAUGUCCCUUGAGGGUUAAAUUAAUUGAUUUUGGAUCGGCCAGUCAUUCCUCGAGGGUUAUUCGGACAACCUAUCUCCAAUCUCGUUAUUACAGAGCUCCGGAGAUAAUAUUAGGUCUUCCUUUUGCUGAAGGAAUAGACAUGUGGUCUCUGGGCUGUGUAGCGGCUGAACUCUUUUUGGGUUGGCCUCUCUAUCCUGGUUCUUCCGAAUACGACCAAAUCAGGUUCAUAUCUCAGACUCAAGGCCUGCCCCCUCAGCAUAUGUUGAAUGUUGCCGUAAAAACCGAACAAUUUUUCUGCAAAGAGAGUAAUGGGAAAUACCAUUAUUGGAGAAUGAAAACAUCUAAGGAAUACGAAGAUACCACUAAUAUUCAUCCUAACGAAACUCGGAAAUAUAUCUUCAACAAUUUGGACGAUUUGGUCAACAUAAAUGCAUCCGUUAGCCUAGCAUCUGCCACUGCCCAAACAGAUGAUUUUGGACCCGAAGCUGGAUCCAAGUUGGCUGCUAUGAUUGAUCGACUGGACAGAAAAUGGUUUGUUUGCAUGGUGAAAAGGAUGCUGGCUCUCGAUCAAGAAUCACGUGUGAACCCAGAGACGGCUUUAUGCCGAGAACCCUUCUUGGUUAUGAAUCACAUCCAUCCCAGAUAUUGCCAGCACCCAUCCAUUGAAAAUGCCGUCAAAAUUCUAAUACAAUGUCCCAACUCUUUCUUGGGUUGCUCUGGGUUAACUGAUACCCUUAACAUAUUCCAUCGUUUCAAGCAACAAAAGAGGUUAUAUUUGUUGGAAAAACAAUCUUUAGAUGAAAUAAAUAUUGCCGCUAAUUUUAAUAACAAUACUACUAAGGGUAUCAUAAAUGGAUUGAACCUCAAUAAUCUUAACACCAAUAGUAUCCAACAUAAGGGUUCCUCUCAGUAUCUGAAACCUUUAGUGAAGGGUAAAAGCAAUCAUUACCUUCCAACUCCGUUAACCUUAUAUGAAAACAUGAAUAAUAUCGUCCACAAUUUCAGCGGCAUCAAUCAUGUUCAAGCUAUUGAUAGUAACGUUCCCCAGCCAUCUUCUAAAACAAACAAGAUUAAAUCUAAAACUAUCAAACACAACCAUAAUAACACCAACUCUAAUUACGAAGAAUUGUUACUUAUGAAAGCUAUAGCAGAACGUGACUUUUUAAAUCGAGUUAUGACUGUCCGCUCUAGAGAAGGAGAAAGGGCUGCUAAUGACGGUGGUCAAGAAUGGGAGAAGGGCAGACACGAUUUGAUGCGCAAGCUGGCUACAACCUGCAUACAUCCAUAUCAAGAAUACCAACCUUACCAGUUUCCUUCUACCGAGGGAUAUCCAACAAUGGUGGCACCUCCUUCAGACGAUAAUAAUGGAUAUGUUCAUGGCGGCAAAAAAAUACCAACGAAUGAUCUUAGACUUUUCAAACUUUUACAUCGGCAGCAAAACGAUCAAUCAUCUAUUAAUUUAAAUCCCUUGUCUGAAAUUCCGCACGCUUCCAUCCACCCAUCCUUGCUUCUCAAUGCUACAGGAGCGCCGAACAAUGAUAACUUAGGAGUUCCUGUUCUUCCCCCUUCCAACGAGUAUUAUAUUAACAUGGCUGCAGCUAUGCUUCAUCAUUCAAGCAACGUGGUGGGCCCUAUGCUAGUUCCGGCUAAUUUUGAUAAUAGGAACGUAAAUGGUCGAAUAGACGAAAAAUUAGGAGGAUAUGUUGUUGACGAUAAAAUAGAAUCCUUGAUUUCUUCACCAUUUUUUCCUCAGCAGGCAAUUCCAGUUCCAUUUUUGUUUCCUUUAGUUCAGCCCCCGCCCCCUCCUUGUUCUUCUAAAGAACAACUUUACCAUUAUUAUUACCAUUAUUAUUAUCACCACUAUUUCCUCAACAAUGCCAGAAAUAGCCACCCACCUAAUAAUAUAAUGAUUAACAAAGUGAAUCCCUUAAUCAAUGUACAUUUAUCGUCAGAACCUAAUUAUGUCCCCUUACAUUCCGAGGCCUUAACAGCCCCUUAUCAUCUUCCUUUAAAUAUGAAUAACGAUAUCGAUUAUAAUAAAAUCAGCGAUAUUAGUAAUAAUAAUAACGAUCUCGGCAGACGAAUCAAUAAUGCUAACCUCAAAUAUUUGGGGAAAGAAAACAUAGACUCCUUACUCUGGCGACAAAUAGCUUCCCUUACCGCAUCAUCUGCUCCCAAGCCUUUAUCUAAGCCCGAUCGGAUCAAUGACAGUAACCAUUUGCGUAACGAUAUUGACAAACUAUUGAGAGUUAACAAUAUAGGCACAGAAAUGGACGAUGGUUUGAUUACCAAUGCCAAUUACGAGUUGUUCACUAAAUUUGGACGGCCCAGAGCCACAGAUGACGAAAUGGAUGUAUCGAUGGACCCGAAGGAUAGAAUAAGCACACGUUCAUCUCGGAAUCUACAAAAAAACAUCGAUUCAUCAUUUCUGCCAGACUCUAACGAAAAUAAUCUAUCAUACAAUAAUAACAAUAACUCUGGAAGUAGCAAUAGAAAUACGAACAAUCUCUAUCUAUGGCACUAUCCCGAAAUAGAAAGUUCUCACAAUAAUUCAGAAAACUCUCGCUCCCAAAACGCAAAUUUUGUUCAUUUCCCUCCCACACCAUUUAAUAAAUUCUCUAAUGACAUUAAUAAUAUCGAAAAGCCUGAAAAUAAUUUGGUAAAUUCAAAUUAUAUGGCUGCCAAUCGUUGUUCGAGAACGCAUGGACAAAAUAUAGGGAAAAAAUACAACAAAAAGACAAAUAUUUUAAACCGCGCCUUGAUGGACGUGAACGAGCCCAUUAAUAAUGAAUCCAAUAAUAAUUGCGAUUUAAAUAUUAAUUUCUGCCAAAACAAGGAAAACAUCAGCGCUAUCAAUAUAGCGCCUUGGAAUUUGGGCUUCAAUAUGGCACUUCCGAUGGAGAAUAACGGCAAAAUCGAUAGCAAAAAUUUUAAUAAUCGUAAUAAUCGACCCAUUAGUGUGAUAACAUUGAGUUCAGACGAAGACGCAACGGAAAAUAACACUCAGUAUUACAAAUCACGAAAAGAGGAAGAUUUAAAAGAUAUUUUAUUUGCUAGAACAUCCACCAAACAGGGCAACGUGAAUAAUGACAAUAAUAAAUAUUAUGAUAUGGAGGGUAUUAAAAUGGAACAUUCUGAUGGCGACGACUCCUCUUCUUUUGCUAUGUGUCCGAAAAGCAAAAAAAUCGUGAAGCCUAGCGCUGUAGUGGCCCCGAUGUUGAGGGGUUCCGAUGUUCCAUCUAACACUUCUAUGGCACCGCUUCCCUUGUUAGAUUCUUUUAACCAUCCUUAUUUUGCUAACAACAAUAGCCAGUUUAUGUUAAAUCCCAAUAUUGUAGCUAGUAACAGCUAUAAUAACAACUAUUAUCAAUAAAUUUGAAUAUCAUCAAAUUUAAAUUUUUUGAUAACGUUUACUAAUAGAAAUCUCAAUAUCUAAUAGUGUAUAUAAUUUUGCCCCAAUUAUUAUUUUUUCCAUUGAGUAUAUUAUUUUUUCCCAAUUUGAAUGGAUUUUCGGUGCAAAAAGGCAUCAAGGACAACCUUAUUAAAAUUUUCAUGUUUUAAAACUAUUUCCCACUUGUUAGCAUUGUUUAAAUAUUUUUUUAAAAAAUAGCUUUGGUGGGGAAGAUUCAUAACCAACUUUCUUUUAUCGCAAUAAAUUCCUCAUUAUUUUUUAUGAUGCAAUGAAAUGAAGACUUUAAAGUCUACCUUUAAAAGUUUUGACCUAAUUACGAUUUGCAAAAAUAAAUUUUGAUUUCUUGAUAUUAUCUAUAUGUAAUUAAGCCGCAACGAAUUUUUUUUAGAUAAUGAAAUUAUGUGUUAUCUAAUUUUAUGCAAGCAAAAAACAUAAUGCAUUUUUGUAUUUUUUUUCUAUAUUUUCACCCCAUCCUCUCGCUUAAAAAUUACGCUCGCUUAUGCGCUUCUUUGCACUGGCACAAUUUUAUUAAAAUUGAUAUGAAGGAAAAAAUAAUAUUAUUUUUACCUUGUAAAUUUUAUAAAAUAUUGUAUAAUUCGAUUAAUUUUGUAAUAUAUUUUUUUAAAGAAUUAUACGAUUAAUUUUUUGCAACAAAAAAUGGUAAAAAUAUUUCAAAAAAAAUAUAAAAUUAUUUUUUAAAAAAAAUUUAAAAAAAAUAUUGAAUUUUAAUAAAUUUAAAAUAUAUAUGAUUUUUAAAAAAGAAAAUAUGCCUAUUAAAUUUGGUUAUGGAUGUCUGUUUAGCCCAAUAUUUAUUUGGCUGUAUUGUUUUUAAUUAAAUUCUUUCAAUAUUAUAGAAUUGUUAAAUUGAACAAAAAUUCUCUUACUGAUGGCACCAUUUCCUUUAUACGAUAUAAGCUAUAAAAGAAAUAAUAUUUUUUUUAUUUGAAUAGGAGAGGGUCUCCAAAAUUUUGUACGUGAGUAACAUUUUUUAAACUUUGUUGAAUGAAUUAUUUUUUUCAAAAUUAUUCACUUUAACUGUAAUUUAAGGAAAAAAUUAUAUUAACUCCAUAAAUUUAUUAUGCUAUGUUACAAAGUAUGAUAUAAUUGGAAUCAUACUAAUAAUUUUGUAAAUACUUAUAAAAAUAUAUAAUAAUAUAUAAAAUAUAUAUUUGAUCCAUAAUAUUUUCAAUAACAUUCAAUAAUAUGCCUUAUAAUUAUUGCAAAGGAAUGUUAUUGACUUUUUAAAUACUUAGGUUUGAAUAUUGCUAAAAAUUACUUUUGUUUAUUCUUGUAACAAAAAACAGACGAUUUCAUUUUCAAAUUUUAGUUUUAAACAAUUGCUAUUAAUUAUUAAUUUUUUAAAUCUUUAUAAUAAUUUCUUUAAAAAAUUUACUCGACUAACAUUAAAAUGGUUGGAUAAAAUUUUUAUAAAUUUUUUUAAAAUUAUUAUUAUUUACAAAAUCUGUCAUUCAUUAUUUACUUCAAAUUUUAAGUUUUAAACUAUAAUUAAAUUAAAUAUUUAGAAGAUUUUUUAAAUAUUCUAUUUUCUCAAGAAAGUUUAAAAAGAAACCAUUCAUAUUAUUCAUUCACAAUAUUUCACAACGCAGAAACACAACAUAUUUUUUCUUAAUUUUUGCAAAAAAUAUAUUUUUUUAAUUUAUAAAUUUAAACUUUCUAGCUUUUAUUAUCAUUUUUAUUUCUUUAAAUUAUAUUUUAAAAAUUAUGUGGUUUUCUAUCUUUUCAUAGGUAUCGGAAUAAUUUUAUUCUGUCAUAAAAUGUAUUAUAAUUAUCUUAUUAAUUUAAUUCAUAUGAUUUUUGUAAUAUAUAUUAUAUAUUUAUCUGCUUAACAC